AUCUACUAGUUAAAUUAUUCUACCAAUUCAAUGUACUCGUUUUAAAGCUACAAGAGCAACCCUAUGUAAGUUUUUCUAGUGCGAUUUGACUCUGACUCAUGCCACAUAAACAUAUCCACCGGCCCUCUUAAAUUCCCUCACCUGCCUAGCUAACCUCCCUUCUCAAAAUCCCAUCCCUGCUUGCCUUAAAUAGGCUGCUCUCCACUCUCAUCAUUCUUAGGCACUUCAAGUUUAUUGUAGGCCUUAAGGCUUUGAUCAUUAAUAGCUAACUAGUGCCAUAUUUGCUAAUGGCUUCUCAUAAUCCAUUGCCUGCUGGGAAGCAACUGCUUUUGUUAGUCUUAUUGUGUGCUUUUUUCAGCAGCAGCUUCAUCCCAUUUGCUAGCUGCAGCAUCACAGAUGAUUUACAGACACAGUGUUUGAAGGUGUCUGCUACAGAAUUUGCAGGCUCUUUGAAGGACACCAUUGAUGCUGUGCAACAGGUGGCCUCCAUUCUCUCUCAGUUUGCAAAUGCUUUCGGAGAUUUUCGGCUUGCCAACGCCAUUUCCGACUGCCUUGAUUUGCUUGACUUCUCUGCUGAUGAGUUGAACUGGUCUCUCUCUGCUUCCCAGAAUCAGAAGGGCAAAAAUAACAGCACUGGGAAGCUAAGUUCUGAUCUGAGGACAUGGUUGAGCGCUGCCCUUGUUAACCAGGACACAUGCAGUAAUGGGUUUGAAGGCACCAACAGCAUCGUCCAAGGGCUGAUCUCAGCUGGCCUUGGCCAAGUAACCUCUUUAGUCCAAGAACUUCUUACCCAAGUGCACCCAAAUUCUAAUCAGCAGGGGCCUAAUGGCCAAAUCCCUUCAUGGGUUAAAACCAAAGAUCGAAAACUACUUCAAGCCGAUGGGGUCUCUGUUGAUGCCAUUGUAGCUCAAGAUGGCACUGGAAAUUUCACAAAUGUGACGGAUGCCGUGUUAGCAGCACCAGAUUAUAGCAUGAGAAGAUAUGUUAUAUACAUCAAGAGAGGCACAUACAGAGAGAAUGUGGAGAUUAAGAAGAAAAAAUGGAACCUAAUGAUGAUUGGAGAUGGUAUGGAUGCUACUAUAAUCUCUGGUAACAGAAGCUUUGUGGAUGGCUGGACCACAUUUAGAUCUGCAACCUUUGCUGUUAGCGGCAGAGGGUUCAUAGCAAGAGACAUAACAUUUGAGAACACAGCAGGACCAGAGAAGCACCAAGCAGUGGCACUAAGAUCAGAUUCUGACCUUUCAGUUUUCUACAGAUGCAACAUAAGGGGCUACCAAGACACACUCUACACACACACAAUGCGCCAAUUCUACAGAGACUGCAAAAUCAGUGGCACUGUUGACUUCAUUUUUGGUGAUGCCACAGUUGUGUUCCAAAACUGCCAAAUCCUAGCCAAAAAAGGCCUCCCAAACCAAAAGAACAGCAUCACAGCCCAAGGCCGCAAGGACCCAAAUGAGCCAACAGGAAUUUCAAUCCAAUUCUGCAACAUAACUGCAGAUUCAGACUUGGAAGCUGCCUCAGUCAACUCCACACCCACUUACCUUGGCAGGCCAUGGAAGCUAUAUUCAAGAACUGUAAUUAUGCAGUCUUUCUUGAGCAAUGUCAUAAGGCCUGAAGGGUGGCUUGAGUGGAAUGGUGACUUUGCUUUGAAUUCAUUGUUUUAUGGAGAGUACAUGAAUUAUGGACCCGGGGCAGGUCUCGGUAGCCGGGUCAAGUGGCCCGGCUAUCAAGUGUUCAACGAGUCUACUCAGGCCAAGAACUAUACUGUGGCCCAGUUUAUUGAAGGCAACCUGUGGUUGCCCUCUACUGGUGUCAAAUAUACUGCAGAAUUUGGGGUUUAAGGAUUUAAGCAGUUCAUGUGUAAUUUCACCUCUUGUACCUAAUCAUAUCUUCUUCUUAAAUCAAAUUUUUUUUGCUAAAUUCUGUGA